AUGACACCUAACAGCACUGGGGAGGUGACCAGUCCCUUUCCUGUGGGGACCCUGGGGCUCUCCUUGGUCCUGGCAAGCCUCAUCGUCUCUGCCAACCUGCUCCUGGCUCUGGGCAUUGCCCGAGACCGUCGCCUACGCAGCCCACCCGCCGGCUGCUUCUUCCUGAGCCUGCUGUCAGCUGGGCUUCUCACAGGCCUGGCACUGCCCACGCUGCCAGGGCUAUGGAGCCAGAGCAGCCGGGGGUACUGGCCUUGUGUCCUCCUCUACCUAGCCCCCAACUUCUCCUUCCUCUCCCUGCUCGCCAACCUCCUACUGGUGCAUGGGGAACGCUACAUGGCAGUGCUGUGUCCCCUCCGGCCACUAGGGAGCACCCGGCUGGCCCUGCUCCUCACAUGGGCUGGGCCACUGCUCUUUGCCAGCCUGCCAGCUCUGGGGUGGAACCACUGGGCCCCGGGAGCUAACUGCAGCUCCCAAGCCAUCUUCCCAGCCCCCUACCUCUACCUUGAAAUCUAUGGGGUCCUGUUGCCUGCUGUGGGCGCUGCUGCCCUCCUCUCUGCCCGAGUACUAGUCAUCGCCCACCGCCAGCUGCAGGACAUCCGCCGCCUGGAGAGGGCAGUGUGCCGUUGUGCACCGUCGGCCCUGGCCCGGGCCCUCACCUGGAGGCAGGCCAGGGCACAGGUGGGGGCCACGCUGCUCUUUGGCCUGUGCUGGGGGCCCUACGUGGCCACCUUGCUGCUCUCAGUCCUGGCCUAUGAGCAGCGCCCUCCGUUGGGGCCUGGAACUCUACUGUCUCUCAUCUCACUGGGCAGUGCCAGCGCGGCAGCUGUGCCUGUGGCCAUGGGGCUGGGGGACCAGCGCUACACAGCCCCCUGGAGGGCAGCUGCCCAAAGGUGGUUGCGAGGGCUUCGGAAAAGAGGUUCCCGGGGCAGUGCCCACCCCAGCAUUGCCUACCACACCAGCAGCCAGAGCAGUGUUGACUUGGACUUGAACUUGAACUAG